UCAGCGAGGCGCGCUUCUCCGGCGCGCGCACAGAGCGCCACCGCUCGGGUGUCUCGCAGAGAGCCCCCCCCCCCGGAGCGGGGCGAGGGGGCUCCCAACAAGUGGAUCCCGGGGAGGGGAGGGGUCUGCCCACCUAGCCAUUUUGAAAAUGCUUAACAAUCUACCAACAUAAUAGUAUUCAUCUCUAAUUUGUAGAUAUGCUUGUUCUGUCCCAACUAAGAGUAGAUACCUUGAAAUUAACGGACCUCAGGAUACAAUGCCCGUUAAUUACUUUGACACUGAGUACAGCCUGUAACAGAUUGAGAAGAAUCUGUGUUGUUUUGACUGAGCAAAGGUGCUUAUAAAUUCCCUCAGGCACCAAACUGUGUGGGAACCAUUGCUAAAGCGGAUGCCAUGCCAGUCUGGUGCCAAUCCGCCACAUGCUUUGGACCACAACUCCCAUCACUCCCAGCCAGCGCAGAACACUCUGUUUGGGGGCAAAAGGGAGGGGAAACAGGCAAAUUUGUCUGCCCUCUCCCAAACCUAGACAAUGUUGGUGGCAGAAGAAAAGGUGAAAAAGAAGAAAUGAAGCCCGGGAAGGGCGGGAUAUAAAUAAAAGUUGAUUAUUAUUAUUAUUAUUAUUAUUAUUAUUAUUAUUAUUAUUAUAUAAAGUCAGCAUAAACCUUGGGGUGGGGGAGCCCAGUGCUCUCAAGGGGAUUCAGACCUCCCUUUCUCCAGUCAUCAAUAGAGGGGAUGCUGCCAGUCUGUGUGUGCAUAUGAGAAAGUGCGAGGGCACACUUUGAGUAUGCACCCUUUCCCACAGGCUUGGCCAAGGGUCAGAGGGCCAGAGCUUAGUGACAGAGCAUCUGCUUUGCAUGCAGAAGUUCCCCAGGUCACUCCCAGAGAGCAUCUCCAGGAAUAAUAAUAAUAAUAAUAAUAAUAAUAAUAAUAAUAAUAAUAAUAAUAAUUUAUUAUUUAUACCCCACCCAUCUGGCUGGGUUUCCCCAGCCACUCUGGGCGGCUUACAACAGAAACAUUAAAAUACACUAAUUUCUUAAACAUUAAAAGCCUCCCUAAACAGGGCUGCCUUCAGAUGUCUUCUAAAAAUCUGGUAGCUGCUUUCCUUUUUGAAAUCUGCCUGGUUCCCUGCAACUUGGCUUCUCGCAAUGAGGGAACCGCAAGAAGGCCCUCGGAGCUGGACCUCAGUGUCCAGGCAGAAUGAUGGGGGUGGAGACGCUCCUUUAGGUAUACUGGACUGAGGCCGUUUAGGGCUAUAAAGGUCAGCACCAACACUUUGAACUGUGCUCGGAAACAUACUGGGAGCCAAUGUAGGUCUUUCAGGACCGGUGUUAUGUGGUCUCGGCGGCCGCUCCCAGUCACCAGUCUAGCUGCCGCAUUCUGGAUUAGUUGUAGUUUCUGGGUCACCUUCAAAGGUAGCCCCACGUAGAGGGCAUUGCAGUAGUCCAAGCGGGGGCAGACCAUCCGAAUCAGUCCCACCUUCCUGCAGAGGGGAAGGGUUGCGGAGAAGUCCAGUUGCAUCAGGUAGUGAUCUGACCAUGGCACUUCUUUAGUUUCACUUUUACUUAGUGUCAGAUCACCAACAUCCAUAGAGGUAAACACCAGGUCCAAGGCAUGUCCGUGGCUAUGAGUUGGGCCAGACUUUUUCAGGGAAGGCCAAUGGAGGCCAUUCUUUCCACGAAGUCCCGAGCGGCCCCUUGUAAGGUCGUGUCGGCAUGGAUAUUAAAAUCCCCUAGGACAACCAAGCUAGGUGUCUCCAGGAGAAUGUCCACCACAACCUGAAGCAGCUUGGGCAGGGAAUCCUUGGUGCAGCGAGGAGGUCAGUACACCAGAAGGAAUCCUGUACUGCCCCUAUUGCCCAACUUCCAGAACAUGCACUCAGAGAACUGGGUCUUCCCAAUAGGACGCCUGGUGCAAACUAAUGACUUCCUAAAAAUCACUGCAACCCCCCCCCUCCCCGCCCACAAGGCCAGGAAGGGCUGGGGGAGGGAUUCCUGUCUGAGGCCCUGGAGAGCCACUGCUGGCUGUCAGUGUGUAGAGUACAGAGCUAGGUGAAUCAAUGUUCUGACUGGGUAGAAAGCAACUUCCUACGUUCCUAAGGCUGCUUAAUCUUUGUCCACAGACACAGCAAACUCAUUCCGUUGUCUGGGGUGCCAUCCUUUGCUAUUGCUUUGCCCCAUGGCCAUGCUUUCCCUUGGGUCCCCCCCCCCAAAUUGCUUUCUCUGCAACUUGGAGGGGAGGCUGUGCCAGAAACUUUCUGCCAAUGUUUAUUAAGCUAUGCCUUUCUUUCUAAAUUGACACCCAACCUCUGGCAACACUAAUGUUACUCACUAAUGCUCACUCUUGUGCUUCUCCAAGCGAUACCAGAGCCAGUCAAGUCACUCUCUGGUCCCUGUUGCAACAUCAGACUUUGCUCUGCACUCUUUCUAAUAAAGGACUCCGUUAAUAAAGGAUUCAUCACUCAUUAGAGGACCAACCUGUUGCAUCUUUGCUCCUCUGCUCAGGACUUGCCUCUCCCUUUUUCUUGCUGACUCAGAGGCUGUUCUCACCAGAGAGCAGGAUCUUGCCCAUUGCCCUGUCUGCCUGCUGGAUCCCUCUCCGCAUCCUCCAUCAGACAGGCCUGUCCGCCUUCUUUACAUCUGCUUCUCUAUACAAAUGAAAAUUAUGUUGGUUGUUUCAUUUAAAUUUAUCUGCCACUUGAUUAUUAUUAUUUUUUUAAAAAAGCAAUGACCCCAAAGCUGGUUUACAGAAGAGAUAAAACAAUGGAAUUAUUAUUACAGUACUAAGAAAAUAUAGCAGCAAUAAAUUAAGAAAUUUGAAAAGCUAAAAUAACAAGGGAUCAAGACUCACAUCAACUUUCCAAACAUCUGGGUAGGCUUGUCGAAGCAAAAACGUUUCUAGCAGGUGCCGAAAAGAGUACAGCGAAGGCACCUGCCCAAUGUCAAUAGGCAGGGAGUUCCAAAGAUUGUAGGGGCAGCGGAGAGAUGGUUUGCGGCCUGGGCUCGAGUGUUACUGUUCGCCUCCCCCAACUUGGAAAGGAAGAGGAUUGAGACUGCAAGUCCAAGAAGUAUCUUUGGCUGGGCUGGCUUUGGGAAGGGUCAUCGUAGCUCAGGGGCAGAACACCUGCUUGGCAUGCAGAAGGCCUGGGUUCAGUCCCCAGUGGCAUCUCCUGGGAGGGCUAGGAAUGGCUCUCUUUCUGCCAGCGUAGACAGUACUGAGGUGGAUGGAGCAACUCCUGCCUCGUUGCAUGUGAUGUAGGAGUUGCCAAGCCUCUGCCACGCCCAGCCCCAGCUGCUCAUUACCCCAUGGGCAGUCUGCACACUCCCUUCCUGACACCUUGAUUAAGGAGAGUCAGAAGCUCCUCUCCAGGCCUCAGCCCUCCGGAGCAAUAGGGGUGCCCCUGGGGCCCCCCGUUUCCAGCAGAGCAACAGCCGCAGAGGAGCUGUGCAUUGGAGGCAGGAGGUGAGAGGAGGAACUGGUGGAAGCAGACCAGCAGCCUCUCUUCACACCCACCUUCUCUCUCAGGAGAAGCAAGGAGGGAGGGAGCCACAGGCAGAUCAGCUGAGCUCCAGGGAAACCGAAUCCAAGGCCGUGAGUACUUGCUUUUCCCUCGCUGGCACUGCCACAGGCCACUUCCCUGGCAGUACAGGCUGCAGGAGGUACAAGGGAUGGGGCUUCCCUCCAAGCCUGAAGGGUGGCCAGCAUCUGAUUUUCCCCCUGGGGACAGAGAACCCGUCUUGCCUUUGGGAGGCUGCUGCUUCCUCCCUGGCGUUGUCUGCUGGGCUCUCAGCAGCCAGCCUGGGCUCAUAGCUAGGGGUGAGGAGGAUGCUGCAGGGAUCUGGAGGGCAGCCACAGAUGUUUCCCUGUGCUCUGUUGGAAGGGCCUCUAGCAAUGAGGAACACCUUUCCCGCCUGCCACAAUCCUAGCUUAGGUGAUCAGGCCGGUUGUUAGAAGGCAGCAUCCCAAGUACUCAGGUAGAAUGUCGCCUUGCAAACGGAAGGUCCCCAGGUUCAAUUCCCAAUGGCAUGCACAUGAAAGCUUAUACCCAGAACAAACUUAGUUGGUCUCUAAGGUGCUACUGGACAAUUUUUUAAUUUAUUUUGACUGCGUCAGACCACCACGGCUACCUACCUGAAUCCUGUCCUGGAGAGAAAGGGAUGUAGCAGAAGCAAUAGAUGUGAAAAGGAUCUCAGGGUCUUAGUAGAUCACAAGCUUAACGCAAGUCAACAGUGUGAUGCAGGAGCAAAAAAAGCAAAUGCCAUCUUGGGCUGAAUCAACAGAAGUCUAGUGUCCAGAUCAAGGGAAGUCAUAGUCCCACUCUCUUCUGCCUUGGUCAGGCCGCACCUGGAAUACUGUGUCCAGUUCCGGGUGCCACAAUUUAAGAUGUUGACAAGUGGGAAUGUGUGCAAAGCUAAGAUUAUCGAAGGUCUGGAAACCAAGCCUUAUGAGGAGCACUUGAAGGAGCUAGGAUAGGAUAGCCAUCUUCAAAUACCUGAAAGGCUGUCACAGGGAACCUCCUUUGAACCCUCCCUUUGAACCUCCUUUGUUGGAGGUUUUUCAGCAGAGGUUGGGUGGCGGUCAUCUGCUAAGGAUGCUUUAGCUGGGACUCCUGAUUCUAUUAUUCUUUCUCUUUUCAAUUUCUGAUACUGUACUGAAAAUCAAGGGAGGUGGGGGUGGGCAGGCACACAGACAUCUGACUUAGAUUUGCUGCUGCAUUUGCAAGGUUGGUUGGUUUGUUAAAUUUUUAUGUCGCCCUUCAUCCGUAGAUCUCGGGUGGUUCACAACAUAAAAAUACAUGAUCAGAACACAAAAUACCUGAUAAAAACAAGAACCAAAGAAACCCUCACAAACCAAUAAACCCCCCUCCCCACAAACACAUUUAAUAUAUAGAUAUAGGAUGUUAAUCAGCCUAAGGCCUGUCCCCCCCCCCAACUUUCUAACCUCAGGAGAAUUUUUCCUCACUGGCUUUGGGAGAAUGCUCCCCCCCCCAAUGUUGCAAAAUUCUCUUAAAUUUUAGGCAGGGCUUCCUCACCUGCUGGAAAAGGCCUUCACUGGCAUCCCUGGGUAGAGGCCCCAGAUGCUGAGCUUUCAUUAAAACAAAAACAAAACCCCAAGUUUCUGGCCCUCCGAGAAAGGAAGUUAUGAAGAAAAGCAUGCCUGCACCCUUCUGUGCCAUUUCUGUCCCAUCCGCCAACUCAGUUGCUCCCACCUGUCAGUGUUUCUGGCCCAGGAGUGAUGUUAAAGCUGUAAGAAACAAGUGAGCCGUCUGGAUAACAGGAAUUCCUGGGGUCCCCAGGAGCUGCUGUUUCCCUUUCCCUUUAGUGCCCUUUUCCUGCUUCGGACUUCCUUUUUCAUCCUUGGAUCUCUGUAGCUUGCCAUUCUUUUCCUCCUAGCAACCAGAAUGUAUCUUUCCUAGUGGGUUCGCCUGAGAUCUGGUAGUCCCCAGAAGCCAUUUUCUGAAAAUGCUACUACACAAUAAGUGACUCCGGGGGAAACAAGGCAAAGGAGUGCAGGAGCCAUGGAAGGGGGAGACACGGUGGUGACACAGCAGGUCUGCCAGGAGGACGACAUGUAUGACGGAGAGAUGCGAGAGGUGGAGGUGGCCGGGCACCCGGUGUUGCUCGUGAGGGACCACCUGCAGUUCAGCGCUCUAGGGAGCAGGUGCACCCAUGCCGGAGCCCCCCUCUGCAAAGGCUACUUGGGACGGGGACGGAUCCGCUGCCCCUGGCACGGGGCUUGCUUCAGCCUCAAGACGGGGGACAUUGAGGAAUACCCUACCCUGGACUGCCUCACAUCCUUCAAGGUGACUGUGGACGGUGGGCAUGUGUAUGUCACGGCCAAGAUUAAGGACCUGGAGAGCAGCCACAGGGUGAAGCCCAUGAGCAAACGGAACCCUCUCAACAGCCAGACAGCGCUGCUCCUGGGGGCAGGGCCCGCAGCCCUGACCUGCGGCGAGAUCCUUCGCCAAGAGGGCUUUACUGGCAGAAUCGUCAUGGUGACCCGGGAGAACCACCUGCCCUAUGACAAGACGAAGCUGAGCAAGGCAUUGGGUACCAAAGCAACAGACAUCUACCUGCGGUCUCAGAGCUUCCUGGAUGCUCACAACAUCGAAGUCUGGAUGGAGAAAGAGGUGGCAUCUCUGGACCUGGAUGGCAAAAGGGCAGAGUUCAGUGACGGGACCUGGCAGAGCUACGACCACCUGCUGAUUGCCACGGGCAGCAGCCCCAGGCGUCUCCAGUGCCCAGGCGCCAACCUCCAGAACGUCUGCGUCCUCCUCACCCCUGAAGAUUCCAGCCGGAUCCUGCGCUUGGCAACGGGCAAGAGGGUGGCAAUUGUGGGAGCGUCCUUCAUCGGCAUGGAAGUGGCCGCCAGCCUGGUGGGCAAAGCCGCUUGCAUCGAGGUGAUUGAGAGGGCAGAGUGCCCAUACCAUGCAGCCCUGGGCUGCCAGGUGGGCCACGUGGCCAUGAAGAUGCUUCAGGUGCAGGGAGUGAAGUUCCACCUGAAGGCAGAAGUGACAGAGCUGCAAGGCGAAGGAGGAAAGGUCACGCAGGUCCUUCUGAGCAAUGGGCAGGUGAUCCUCACCGAUGUGGUGGUGGUGGGAAUAGGAGUGACCCCCAAUUCCAGCUUCCUUCAGGACAGCUCCAUUGUGCUGGACCGCAGAGGCGCAGUCGUUGUGGAUUUGUUCAUGCAGACCAGCGCCCCCUCUGUCUUCGCUGCUGGGGACGUGGCCUCCUUCCCCGUGGCUCUGCUCGGAGGGAAAAACAUCGACAUCUGCCACUGGCAAAUCGCCCAAGCCCACGGCCGCGUGGCUGCCCUCAACAUGCUGCAGAGGCAGGAGAAGCUGCACACGGUGCCUUUCUUCUGGACCAAGCUGCAGGCCAAGAGCAUCCGCUACGCAGGCUGCGGGAUUGGCUACACUGAGACAGUGCUCAGAGGAGAUCUGAGCCAGGAGAAGUUCCUCAUCUUCUACAUCAGGGAUGGCAUUGUGACUGCAGUGGCCAGCCUAAACUUUGACCCCAUGGUGGCCAUGGUGGCUGAGGUCCUGUACUCGGGGAAGAUCAUCACCAAGGAUGAGGCAGAGGCGAUGAAUGAAGAAGCCCCACCAGAGAAGGCCUAACCUCUCUCCCCACCCCGCAGCCCAUGCUAGGAUCGGGACCAGGGAGAGGCCAUGAGGCUCCUACCCCCGCCGAGAAAAGAAAAGGCUGGAUUUGAUCCUAACAGGCACUGAAGCUUCUAAUGUUUGCCUAAAAUAAUUCCUAAAACUCACGUUAGCUUUAAGUUUCUCACAAACUUUUGAAAUUCAGAUCUAAACUGUCCUCUCUGCUAGUGUUGAAGGCCAGGAAUAAGUGCCUCAGCUGAGCUGCCUCUCCUUCCAAGUAGGGCCCCCGUGCCAUGUUUUUUUUUGGGGGGGGAGAAGGGGCUGCAGCAGCUCAGGGGUGAAGCAUCAGCGUCAUCUCCAUGGAGGGGCUCUGCUCAGACCCCUGCAGAACAGCUGCCAGCCUGUACAGACAACACUAGAUUCUGUGCAGAGGAGGCAGCUGCCUAGAUGGUCUUGCAAAAUGUAGUAUUUGUUCCGAUAUGAUUAAGGGUUUUGCCACUUUUGUUCUGAAUUAACUGUAGCAGCAUUCAUAAACAGUUGUCCAAAAAACUCCAGGUGACAGCCUUUAAUGUAAUAGGAUUUUUGCAGGUGGAUCCCCCUGAAGGAGAUUUGAUGGGGAGAGGUAGAGAGUUCCACUCUUGGCCAGCAGAGGGUGCCCUUGCCCCAGCUCUGGCUGCA